GGUUACACUCCGUUUAUGAUUUGUGAUUCAUUGCAGCGAAAAGUUGAAAUUUCUUUCCUGGCACAAAAGCAAAAAACAUAAAGCAUAAAGAGAGGCAACAAUUUUCUUCUUCCCAAUUCCCUUCCAUAAUAACCCCACAAGACACAAUCACUAGAUACCCGACAACCAAAGAUAAAAAAACAUGUGCGAAACAAAUGGUUCUACCGCCAGCAAUGGCGCAAAUGGUACCAACGGUACUAAUGGUACAAAUGGCACACAGCCUGCUCGACGCUCCAACCCAUACCAAUCCAACCCGGGCGAGUUCUUAUCCAAUGUAGCUCGCUUUAAGAUUAUCGAGUCGACUCUUCGCGAGGGAGAACAAUUCGCCAAUGCCUACUUCGACACCCAAACCAAAAUCAACAUUGCUAAGGCUCUCGAUGCUUUCGGAGUCGACUACAUAGAACUCACAUCCCCAGCCGCAUCAGAACAAUCGCGGUUGGACUGCAUUGAAAUAUGCAAGCUCGGACUCAAGGCCAAGAUCUUGACCCACGUCCGAUGCGACAUGCGAGAUGUCCAAAUGGCCAUUGACACCGGUGUAGACGGCCUUGAUAUCGUCAUUGGUACCUCACAUUUCCUUCGGGAACACAGCCAUGGAAAGGACAUGGCCUUCAUCACUAAGGCCGCCUUAGAAGUGGUUCAAUACGUCAAGGACAAGGGCAUAGAGGUUCGAUUCUCAAGUGAGGAUUCGUUCCGAUCGGAUCUUGUGGAUCUUCUAUCGCUUUAUAACGCUGUGGACAAGAUUGGUGUCAACCGUGUCGGCAUUGCUGACACAGUUGGUUGCGCCAGUCCUCGACAGGUCUACGAGCUCGUGCGAACGCUGAGGGGUGUAGUUUCUUGUGACAUUGAGACGCACUUCCACAACGACACAGGCUGUGCUAUUGCCAAUGCCUUCUGUGCCCUUGAGGCCGGUGCGACACAUGUCGAUACUAGUGUACUCGGAAUCGGAGAGCGAAACGGAAUCACUCCUCUUGGUGGCUUCCUAGCGCGUAUGGUGGUCACAAGCCCUGAUUACGUCAAGAGCAAGUACAAGCUCAGCAUGAUCAAGGAGAUCGAGGACAUGGUUGCUGAAGCGGUGGAGAUUAACACCCCUUUCAACAACCCUAUUACAGGUUUCUGUGCCUUCACCCACAAGGCUGGUAUUCAUGCCAAGGCCAUCCUCAACAACCCGUCGACAUACGAGAUUCUCAACCCGGAAGACUUCGGUCUUACACGCUACGUCCAUUUCGCUUCCCGAUUGACGGGCUGGAACGCCGUCAAGACCAGAGUUACGCAACUUGGCUUGACCAUGACAGAUGAGCAAGUCAAGGAAUGUACUGCCAAGAUCAAGACAUUGGCCGAUGUUAGGCCAAUUGCCAUUGAUGACGCCGAUUCCAUCAUCCGCAGUUUCCACCUGAAUUUACAAAAUGCGCAAACCGUCAGCAGUUAGGGGGGCGUAAAUAGUUGGGUGUGAUUUUUUUUUUCUUAAAUUGGAAUCCUUCAAAAAGGGGGCAGCAUCAACAAAAGGGAUGAGGAUAAAAGUUCUAGUUGCAUAGCUUCGGUUUGGGAAGAACUAAGAUCUUAAGAUCUGAGAAAGGGCCGCAAUUUCAGGCCGUGUAAGCUUCGUUUUAUUUUACAACCCGGUCGUUUGGGGGCCAAAAAGUGAUUUAUUGCAUCUUCCUAAAUUUCAUGGGUUUUUAUGUGCUUGGCUUGUUCCAACCCACGUAGCUGUAUUUGUGACUUGAACUUGAUAGGCCGAUUCCUUCUGUCAGUCGGGGCAGAUUGUUAUGCUGCAAGAAGCCUGCUUAUUUGGCUUAUAGGGGUAUGAAAAGGGAGGAUAAGGUUGACUAGCACUAAUGUUGACUUAUAACUCUACUCGCUCAUGGGGAUAUCCUUAUACAGCUUGAAUUUACAGAUUCAUUGGUAUGGCAAAUUUGGUAGGAUU